CACAAUCGAAUUUGUCCAGACGUCAUGGCCGAGGGGUUUGAGAAGCAGGCGGUGUUCCGCCGCCUGGGCAGCAGCGUGCAGACGUCGGCCGAGGCCAAGGGCGCGCGGAUCGUUAUCGCCGCGAGCGGAACCACCGACAUUGGCUCCGCGCGCUGCGCUGUGAACCAGGACACGUACAUGGCGCUGGACGUCGGCGGCGGCAGCGUCGUCCUCGGCGUCUUUGACGGGCAUGGCAAGGAGACGGGCCAUAUUGCAGCCGAGGCCGCGAAAGCGUUCUUCAUGUCACACUUCGAGUUGCCGGAAUCGCUUGCCGCGAUCGAGGCGCAGCCCGAAGCCGAGCUGCGCUCGCUCUUUGGCCAAUGCCACGCCCAUAUCUACCGCGCAUUCCAAGCGCACUACGCGUCGCUCGGGCUCUGCAUGCGCGACGACAGUCUCAACGGUCGAUCGUUUCUCCUCAAGCGAAAAGGCCCGUCGCAGCCAUACACAUGCGUACAGGGCGGGACGACUGCGACGCUGGCCAUUUUGCUGCAUGGCACGCGACUGCUCGUGGCCAACGUCGGCGACUCGUCCGCGCUCCUUGCCGGCGCAAACAGCGUGCGUAUCACGCCGCUCCAUGCCCUCUCGGACGCGCCCAUCUACUGCCCGCACGCGCCGUCUUCAUCGUCUGACGGGAAUCCUUGCGAAAGCGAGAACAACAACUGCAGCGAUCACACGAUGCACCAUCUCAUCUCGGGCGACCACUCGGCCGAGUCGCGCAUCGAGUUUGACCGCGUCGCCACAAGCGACGUCCAGGGCCUGCAGUUCCUCUAUGACGCGCCGUGCGUCGCGAAUCGGCUCGUGCGCGUGCCCAUCUUUACCAAAAACAGCGCCGGCGACGUAGUCCAGAGCGCUGGCGGCCGCUACUACAAGAACGUGCGCAACGAAUGGGCGUCGAUGGUCGCGGCUCCGAUCGAUGCUGCGUUCGCCGACUGCCUCGCGUUCACACGGUCGCUCGGUGACUUUCACUUGCACGCGCACGGCCUCUCGUGGCAGCCCGAUGUGCUCGACAUCUCGCUCUUUGACGACCCGACGAGCAGCAGUGAGUUGGCGAUCGUCUUGGCGACUGACGGCGUCUGGGACGUGUGGCAGUACGACGAGCUCGCGCAGUUUGUGCUGUCGACCAAGAACGAGAGCGACGCGUCGCCCGAGGUUGACGCCAAGGCCCGCGCCCGCCGCCUCCUCCAAGAGAACCUGGCCAAAGCCCACACCAUCUUUGGCGACCAAGCCGACAACAUGACGGCCGUGCUCUGCUAUCUCUCGCGCACCUAAGCGAUGUGGGUCCGCUCGCAUUCGUCUCCAGGUCGCUUCACGACUUGCCAUCGUAUUACACUAUCCGAUUUUAUAACCCUAAUCUCCUCAACAAGACAAAUAUGACCUUUCCG